AUGCCCAGAAAGAAGACUCUGUCAGCAGACGAAGAUGGCGCCACCCGGAGGCGAGGAAACAGAAGGCAAGUGAAGGCAGCCAAACAAGCAGCCAGUGAGGAUGAAGACGAGGAAGACAACAUUGUGGCUUCUCGAAGCCGGAAGUCAGCAAAGAAGCCCGCCAAGAAAAUUGAAGAAGAAGAGGAAAGUGAAGAUGAGGCACCCAGGAAGAAGAAGAAUGGUGGCGCAGCAAGCAGGAGGAAAAGAGGAGGCAAAGGUGAAGACAGCGAGGAGGAGGACAGUGAUGAAGACAAAGGAAAGAAGAGGAAGAAGGGAGGGGGCAAGAAAGGAGGAAAAGAAGAGGAACAAACUAAAGGUAAAAAAGGAGAAGCUAAAGGAAAAGACAACCAAAAAAAGAAGAAAAAGGUGGAAAGUUCAUCCGAUUCAAGUUCAAGCUCAGAUGAGGAAGAGGAGUCUUUGUCAGAAGGAGAGAUGGCUUUGCUGAUGGAGGAGGUGGAGGAGAAGAAGAAACUGAUAGCUAUUAUCAGGAACAAACCAUGGAGGAUGAAGAGGAGGCUCACACACCUGAAGGAAGCUCAAGAGUUUGUGGACAAGUUUGAAGGAGCUCUCGGCAAAGGAAAAGGCAGGAAGUGGUACGCCUACAAAGUGAUGAUGACAAAGAAAUGGAUUAAGUUCCAGAGAGAUUUUGACAACUUCAAAACAGCAUGUAUCCCCUGGGAGAGGAAGAUCAAAGACGUGGAAAGUCACUUCGGCUCAUCUGUGGCUUCUUACUUCAUCUUUCUGCGCUGGAUGUACGGCAUGAACCUGGUUCUGUUUGGGUUCACCUUUGGACUGGUGGUCAUACCUGAGGUUCUAAUGGGGCUCCCCUAUGGAUCCAUUCCCAGGAAGACUGUGCCAAGAGCAGAGCAGGCGACCGCUCAGGACUACUCAGUCCUCUUGGACUUUAAUGGAUAUUGCAAGUAUUCCGUUCUGUUUUACGGAUAUUACAACAGCCAGAGGACCAUCGGCUUGCUCAAGUUCCGGCUCCCUCUGGCUUACCUCAUGGUUGGCGUCGGAACGUUUGGCUACAGCCUGAUGGUCGUAAUCCGCACGAUGGCCAAGAAUGCGGACCUUGGCGGCGGAGACGGUGAAGAUGGAGAGUUCACCUUUGGCUGGAAGAUGUUCACCAGCUGGGAUUAUCUCAUUGGAAACGCUGAGACUGCGGACAACAAGUAUGCCUCCAUCACUACCAGCUUCAAGGAGUCCAUUGUGGAUGAGCAGGAGAACCAGAAGGAUGAGAACAUUCAUCUGCGGAGGUUCCUCAGGGUGCUGGCUAAUGUUCUCAUCACCUGCAGUCUGGGAGGUAGUGGAUACCUCAUCUACUUUGUGGUGAAGCGCUCUCAGGAGUUUGCCAACAGAACUGAUCUCAGCUGGUAUGAGAAAAAUGAGUUGGAGAUCAUCAUGUCUCUGCUGGGUCUUCUCUGUCCUCCACUCUUUGAGACUAUUGCGGAGUUGGAGGACUACCAUCCUCGGAUCGCUCUCAAGUGGCAGCUGGGACGCAUCUUCGCUCUCUUGCUAGGGAACCUCUACACGUUUCUUUUUGCCCUCUUUGACGAGGUCAACAAUAAGCUGAAUGAAGAACAGUCAAUCAAGAACGCCUCCAUCUUGGCCAUACAAGAAUACUACGCUAACUUCUCUCGACUGGCCAAUGACUCAGAGGCAACCCCACCCCCCAUGAACCCUGCCGAUGUCAUUAGAGGACCUUGCUGGGAGACGGCUGUUGGCAUAGAGUUUGUAAAGCUGACGGUGUCAGACAUUCAGGUCACCUAUCUGACCAUCUUGAUAGGUGACUUUGCCCGAGCUGUCAUUGUGCGUUUUCUUAACUAUUGCUGGUGCUGGGACCUGGAGGCUGGAUUUCCCUCAUAUGGAGAGUUUGACAUCAGUGGCAAUGUUCUGGGACUGGUCUUCAAUCAAGGAAUGAUCUGGAUGGGAGCGUUUUAUGCUCCCGGUCUGGUCGGGAUCAACGUGCUGCGCCUGCUCACCUCCAUGUACUAUCAGUGUUGGGCUGUGAUGGCCACCAACGUCCCCCAUGAGAGGGUCUUUAAGGCCUCCAAGUCCAACAACUUCUACAUGGGUCUGCUCCUCCUCAUCCUCUUCCUCAGUUUGUUGCCUGUUGUCUACACCAUCAUGACCCUGUCGCCCUCGUUUGAUUGUGGACCCUUCAGUGGUAAAGCGAAGAUGUUUGAUGUCAUCAUUGAAACCAUCACACUGGACCUGCCAGCCUUCAUUGGGACAUUGUUCAGUUAUGUCGCCAACCCAGGUCUCAUCAUACCGGCUGUUUUGCUCAUGGUACUGGCCAUCUACUAUUUGAACUCGGUUUCAGAAGCCUACAAAAACUCCAACUUGGAUCUGAAGAAGAAGAUGCAGAUGGCUCGCGAUGAAGAGAAGAACCGAAGGAACAACACAGACAGCACCAACCAGGUCAUGAAAGAUUUGGAGGAUCUGCUACCAAACAGUUCUCUGGCACCUCCUCCUCCACCACCAGAGCCUGAAAAGCCUUCCAAUGCAAAGCCGACCAAAACAAAACCAGGUACAGCUGGAAAAGGCGUUCACCUGCAGAAAGAUGUGACCCUUGCGUCAUCUAAACCUGCUCCCCAUGAGCCAGUAACCCGAGCCCCACGAGGACGGCAACCAAUAUCCGGUCCUGGUCGAGGCCGCGGGAGAGGAGCCCCUCCUAGAAUAUGACACAGUAACUAUCACCAUAGGCUCAACAACCAUAUUUGUUGUUACAACUACAUUUAUUGUUGUUCUCAUCCAAAUUAAAAAUUUAGACAAGGAUUUUAAAAAUAAAUCUGGAUGACCAUUUCUAAUAACCAUAUUAGAUAGGAUUGUUUCAAGUUCAAAAAAUCUGGAGAAAAAUAUUUUUAAUCGUUACAGUGUAACUGUAAAUAAUAUAUGACUGAAAUCCAUGAAUAGUUACAUCUGUUUCUGUCUUGAAAAUGUUCAGCCCUAAUUAUGAAUUACAUUUAAAUACAGAAUGUGUGCAGUGCUCGUAGCAAAGGAGUAUAUUUUCUGUUUAAGUAAGUUAACAAGUUAACAAUCAUCCAGUACUUGAUAUAUUGAUUACGCACCUACAGUUUGGAUUUAUGAUAAUUCCAUUGUGUUUCAUUGAUGAAGUUGUGUAGAAAUGAACAAGAAUACUUAAUGAAAGAAGCAAGUGUCUCCAAUCCGUUCAUCACGAUCAACCAGUAGAUCUUUGGAACUUUAUUGGUAUAUCCCAAAAAUAUUAAGAAAAAUAAAUGCAUAAUCAUCGCCUUCCCAGAAAGUGACCAACAGACCUGGUAACAUACACUUAACCUCUGUACUCAGCACAUGUUUAGACAUUUGAAUGCAAAGUAAUAAACUCUGCACUCCAAUAACGCAUUUAGUUGCAUUUUGUUGGUUUCAGUUUUUAAUUUCAGUCAGGGAAACUUGGAUAAUACUUCUGUGUCAAAGUUCUGGCUAACACUACACCUUCUUGUCCUGCAAACCUUCUUUGUGUAACAGGCACUUUUGGAAAAAAUCCUCAAGCUGUGCAUGGCUCUGUGAAUCGUUGAAACUAUAUACUAUGAAGACCUGCACAGACAAGAGUUUCCAAAACGUGACCAAGGUGCUCGAUUUUUACAAUGACUCGCGGCACAUUGUAGAAAUACAAUUUGGGAGUAGAUCCUGCCUUUUUGUUCAUGGCCGGGAUCAGGGAGGGGCCUUGGGAUCCAAAUCUUUGGUGGCCAAUGGCCUAAAAAUAACAUGUAAGGCAGGGGUGUCAAACUCAAAUACAGAGUGGGCAAAAAUUUUAAACGGAACAAAGCUGCGGGCCAAGGUUGAACAAAUGAACCUUUUAAUAGGGACCCAAACAAGUUUUGCAUUAAAUAUUAAACAAGCAAGGCUUAUAUAACUUUAGUGACAUACAAAAUCCAGUUUCAAAUAAUAAUAAUAAUAAUUAAAAAAAUAUCAAUGGCAUAUCAAAUAAAAUUGAAAUAAACAUUUUACGCCUUUUUUUUCUAUUUGCAAUCUUAUGAGGUAAAUAUCAAAUUUUUUCCACAGGCUAAUAAUAAAUUUGAAAAUAAAAUAACUAUAAUGAAUGAACCACACAUUCAAGCCUUGAAGUAGCAAGAGAAAAUGCAGGAAUAAAACGUUAAUUAUUGGUCAGUUUGCUGGAAGUUUCCCGGAAGAGUUAGUGCUGCAAGGGAUUCUGGGUAUUUGUUCUGUUGUGUUACGGUGCGGAUGUUCACCCGAAAUGUGUUUGUCAUUCUUGUUUGGUGUGGGUUCACAGUGUGGCGCAUAUUUGUAACAGUGCUAAAGUUGUUUAUACAGCCACCCUCAGUGUGACCUGUAGGGCUGUUGACCAAGUAUGCAUGGCAUUCACUUGUGCGUGUGUGUGUGUGUGUGUAAAAGCCACAAAUAUUAUGUGACACACUGUUAGUAUGGAGGAAAAGCGGACGUGACGACAGGUUGUAGAGAACGCUAAAGGCAGUGCCUUAAAUGCACGGCCCCAAUAUAGUUGUCCAGGUGGAAAUCGGUAGAAAUUCAGGAGAAUGGUUGCCCCGGGAUAUUUUCGGGAGGGACACUGGACUCCGGGAGUCUACCGGGAAAAUUAGGAGGGUUGGCAAGUAUGAGUAUUAGCGGUGAAUGCGGUGUUACAGCGGCACCAGCGCUGUAUAACACCGGCGGGCCAGCUCUAAUGCUAAAUUGAUAUUGCCCAUCCAUCCAUCCAUCAUCUUCCGCUUAUCCGAGGUCGGGUCGCGGGGGCAACAGCCUAAGCAGGGAAACCCAGACUUCCCUCUCCCCAGCCACUUCGUCUAGCUCUUCCCGGGGGAUCCCGAGGCGUUCCCAGGCUAGCCGGGAGACAUAGUCUUCCCAACGUGUCCUGGGUCUUCCCCGUGGCCUCCUACCGGUUGGACGUGCCCUAAACACCUCCCUCGGGAGGCGUUCAGGUGGCAUCCUGACCAGAUGCCCGAACCACCUCAUCUGGCUCCUCUCGAUGUGGAGGAGCAGCGGCUUUACUUUGAGUCCCUCCCGGAUGGCAGAGCUUCUCACCCUAUCUCUAAGGGAGAGCCCCGCCACACGGCGGAGGAAACUCAUUUCGGCCGCUUGUACCCGUGAUCUUAUCCUUUCGGUCAUGACCCAAAGUUCAUGACCAUAGGUGAGGAUGGGAACGUAGAUCGACCGGUAAAUUGAGAGCUUUGCCUUCCGGCUCAGCUCCUUCUUCACCACAACGGAUCGGUACAACGUCCGCAUUACUGAAGACGCCGCACCGAUCCGCCUGUCGAUCUCACGAUCCACUCUUCCCUCACUCGUGAACAAGACUCCUAGGUACUUGAACUCCUCCACUUGGGGCAGGGUCUCCUCCCCAACCCGGAGAUGGCACUCUACCCUUUUCCGGGCGAGAACCAUGGACUCGGACUUGGAGGUGCUGAUUCUCAUUCCGGUCGCUUCACACUCGGCUGCGAACCGAUCCAGCGAGAGCUGAAGAUCCCGGUCAGAUGAAGCCAUCAGGACCACAUCAUCUGCAAAAAGCAGAGACCUAAUCCUGCGGUUACCAAACCGGAACCCCUCAACGCCUUGACUGCGCCUAGAAAUUCUGUCCAUAAAAGUUAUGAACAGAAUCGGUGACAAAGGACAGCCUUGGAGGAGUCCAACCCUCACUGGAAAUGUGUUCGACUUACUGCCGGCAAUGCGAACCAAGCUCUGGCACUGAUCGUACAGGGAACGGACCGCCACAAUAAGACAGUCCGAUACCCCAUACUCUCUGAGCACUCCCCACAGGACUUCCCGAGGGACA